AUGGGGUCCGUGAGAUUUUGGAAGACGGGCUCUCCUGCUCCUGACAAGGGACACGACAGGCUCGCAGCGCGCUCGCGGCCGGCCCUCGUCCUCGAGGAGCCGCCGCUGCAGGACGCAGCUUGGGCGCCUCCGUCGCCCUCGCCGCGGCCGGAGCUGUGGCAGGCCCUCGUGGCGCUGAACGGCUGCACGCUCCUCUGGGGCUCGCAGCACGCCGUCAUCAAAGACGUCGUCUCGGACGUGUCUCCCGCAGCCUUCAACGCGGCGCGCUUCGGUCUCGCGGCGCUCGGCCUGUGGUCGUGCCUCGGCUUUGCGCUGCAGUCGGUUGGCCUAGAGACGACGAGCGCCGGUCGGUCUGCGUUUCUGCUGUACCUGAACGUGAAGCUGGUGCCGCUGCUCGCGCUCCUGCUCUACGGCCGCACCUCGCCACCCCGCACGUGGGUCUCCGCACUCCUCGCCGUCUGCGGCACCGGCCUGCUCGCCUCCGACGGCUCUCCGCCCAACGUCGGGGACGCGUGGUCGCUCGCUGCUGCGGUCGCGUCCGCAUGCUUCAUUCUCCGCCUCGAGGCGGCGGCCGCAGGCGCAGCGCCGCCCGAGCCGGCGGAGCUGAAUGCGGCGACGCUGACUUGCGCGGCGGGAUACUUUGCGCUCCUGGCGGCCGCAGAGGUGGGCGGUGCCGGGGGAGCGGCGCCGGUGCCGCUGAUGGAGGCUGCGCGGGCGCUGGGGGAGAGCUCGCCGCAGAUCUGCUACCUCGCCGUCGUGACCACGUUCGUGGCGCAGUGGCUGCAGGCGUACGGCCAGGCGCGGGUGGGCGCGCAGGACGCGGCGCUGCUCUACGCCCUCGACCCUUGCUACGCGGCGGGCUUCAGCUACUUGCUGCUCGGCGAGACGCUUGGGCCGCAGGGCUUCGCGGGCGCUGCGGUCGUGCUUGCGGCAGUGGCGAUCAGCCGCGGGGGAGGGGGUGCCGGCGAGGGCGGCGGCGAGAGGAGAGAGGACGAGGGUGCGAGGACCUCGAGAGCCGAGUGA